AUGGCGCACAGGGGGCGGGAGGAGGCGGUGGAGGAUUGCGAGUGCUCCUUGCACGCUUGCGGCAGCGCAUUCCGAGACAGCCAUGAGUGCCGGAAGGAGCUGGGGACGGCGCCGGCGUGCGGAAACUGCACCGGGCAGAAGCUGGACUUCGACAACAGUUUUGUUUUGACACCGCCUGGCACAAACAUCGAUGCCAUGGGAUCUGGGGUGAAAGAUUCCAUCUGCACCUUCAGGAAAUUGGAUUCUGUGUUCCUGACUGCCAACGUCCACAGCGAAUCGGGCGGGCGAGCGUGGACAUAUGUGGCCACGACAGAUGGAGUUAUGAGGAGCUGGCCGGGCCGCGCAAGGGAGCGCGGCGAUGGGGUCAACGUGGAAGACGCCGACGAGGGGCUCGGGUCGUGCAAGAUAUACGAUCCACGCACUCGACCGUGGUACGGGGCUGCAACCAGUGGCCCAAAGGAUGUGGUUGUGUUGAUCGACACAUCACGCACCAUGCUGGAACCGGACAAUCCGUUUGUGGAGGGCUCCGCAACGCGGUGGGACAACGCAAGGGCGGCGCUGCUGAAUCUGUUGGACACUUUCAGCCUGACGGACCACGUCAACGUGGUGGAAUUCAGCGAUGCUGCCUUUCCCAUCGUCCCAGGUGGCCUGGUACCAGCCACGAACGAGAACGUCGAACAAAUUAAGGAGGCUCUGGAGAUCAUACGGCCACAGGGCGACAAGGACUUCCGGGUGGGCUUGGACGCGGCCUUUGACGUGCUCAUUAAAGCUUCAAAAACAGCAGACGACGACAAACCUCGCACCGCGAAUUGCCAAAAGGUGAUCAUCUUUCUCACAGACGGACAUGACUGCACCACGACGGCGCAGAAUUGCACAAUGAACACGCCAGAGAGCUCUCCUCCUGUUGAUGCUGUGCAUGACUUCGUCGCGAAGCAGCAAGACAAGUUGGAGGCGGCCGGAAGCGAGCGAGCGCACAUCUUUCCAGUGUCGUUUGGACUCGAUGGAGACGACAAAAUCCCAAAACAACUUGCUUGCGCCAACGAGGGGGUUUGGGGAAGAAUAAUGUCCGGCGACGACCCCCUCGUGGUGCUGCACGCCUACACCUCGUACCUGGCCUCCAGGCGGCGGGACGCGGGUGUCGUCUGGACCCGGCAGUACGCCGACGAAUUCGGUCUUGGGCCUGUGUUCACCGCCGCAAAGCCCAUCCACGGCCCCAGGACUUCCAGGGGGGAGGGGGGCGCCCUGUUGGGCGUGGCGGGACACGACGUGCGGGUCGAGGACUUCCAGGCGCUGUCCCCCAAGUUCGAGGGGGUCGUGCAGAGGCUGGAAACGCGCAGGACGCAGUGCAACGACACGAACUUCAGCGCCUGCGAGCUGCCGAUACUGCGAGGCCGCAGUGGCGAGUGCCCCGAGGACUUCAUGAGUAGCAUGUGCUACUACUUCGACAAGACGGACAGCUUCUACAUUGCGCCCGACACACCCCUGCUGCCCUACGACAAGGCCGACGUCUUCUGCCAGAGCCUGGGCGGCAAACUGGCGGAGAUGCAGGACACUGGAGAGGAGGAACUCGUCACGGGCCUGGCGUCGAACUCGGGCUCGUGGAUUGGCCUCAGGCGAGAUGGCAACUUCGUGUGGAGGUGGGCCAGCAGCGGCGUGGAGGUGGAGCCCACCUCGGAGCUGUGGGCGUUCACAAGGGGCCUGAACGACGCCGGCAAGGCCUGCGGCAGCGUGGACAGGCGGGGCGUGCGGCACAGCGUGGAGCCGGCGGACUGCACCACCGAGGCGCGCUUCAUCUGCGAGUUUGCGGCCGAGGCGGAGCCGGAUGUGUGCACGCGGGAGUCCGACCUGGUCAGAGUUGACAAGGACUAUGAAUACGCUGUGCGUCCGCUGUCCACGUGCAAAACGGAAGACGAGGCCCUCCUGGUGGUGACGGAGGCCACGGCGGCCGCGGAGUUGCUUCCCCCAGAUCGGGUGGUAUGCCCCCUCGGAGAGCCGGCAACGACAUUCAAGCUGCAGUGUUGCGCUGAGUGCCCACCAUGA